AUGGGCCAAAAGCCCACAUCGGUACCCCUGGCGAAGUGGGUCCAGCCGUUGGUCAAGCCGCCUGUGCUCUCGCCCUACUGCACCAGGCGCGGUGUCGACAAAUACGUGGUGACCAUGAGCGCCAUCCAACACCGCCUCCAUCCCGACCUCAAUCUCACCCAGGCAAGCCUCCUCUAUUCAUCAACCGCCGCGAUCAUGUUUCGCUCCACCUUCGCUUCCGACCGCUCAUCUUACCAUGUGUACGGCUAUGCUGGCACGUAUCCCGGCGGCACGAUCGAGGCCGUUGUGGACCGGCCUGUGGCCGUGACGUGGCGCAACCACCUGCCCGACACUCACUUCCUUCCCACCGAGCCCCUGGGCCACCUGGGCUCUGAACCGGUGCCGGACUCGGCCGCGGUGCCGCACCUGCACGGCGCGCACGUGCCCCCGGACAGCGACGGCGACCCCAUGGUCUGGAUCACGCGCGGUCAGGACGCUGACUUCUACUACCCCAACGGACAGCUGGCCACCACCAUGUGGUACCACGACCACAUCAUGGGCCGCACCCGCGUCAACGUCUACGCGGGCCUCGUCGGGUUCUACCUGCUGAGGGACGAGGACGAAGCUGAACUUGGGCUGCCCAGCGGUGAGUUUGAGAUGCCGAUCUUGAUCCAGGACCGCAUCAUCAUGAACAACAGUCAGCUGUACUAUCCCUACACCUGGGGCGGAUUCGAUGGCGACACGCCGGUGGUCAACGGGAAGGUCUAUCCCUACUUCGAGGUCAAGCCCCAGGCCUACCGCUUCCGCUUCCUCAACGGCUGCAACUCGCGCUACGUCAGCUUCUCCCUCCCGCACGGUCCCACCAUGUGGCAGAUCGGCACCGACGGCGGCUUCUUGAACAAGGCGAUCGAAGUGCAGAACCUCACGCUCGGUAGCUCGGAAAGGGCCGACGUGAUCAUCGACUUCCGCGGCUACGAGGGCCGCAGCCUCAUCCUGACCAACCUGGCCGGGCAACCCUAUCCUUCGGGUGCGGUGUCUGAGACCAUGAAGGAGGUCCUCCAGUUCAGAGUGGCCAGGCAUGGUGCCAGUGGUGAGGCCUACAAGAUUCCCAAGCUGAAGCACGUGGCCCAGCUCCCUCGACUGCCCUCGGUGCGCCAGGUGACCCUCACCGGACAGAUCGUCAAGGAAGGCAACAAGACUUCGUUCAUGAUGCUCCUGAACGGCAAGCGCUAUCACGAAGAGCCGACGGAGACGCCCGAGGUGGACACGGUCGAGCUGUGGGAGAUUAUCAACCUGACUGGCGUGACCCACCCGGUCCACAUCCACCUCACCCAGUUCCGCGUGCUCCAGCGCCGCCCGUUCGCCGGCACCACCUUCACGCCCGGCGUGCCGCUCAACUACACCGGCCCGGCCCGACUGCCCGACCCCAACGAGCAGGGCUGGAAGGACACCGUGCGAGUCUACCCCUACGAAGUCGUCACCCUCUGGGUCCCCUUCACGUGUCUGGUCUCAAAGGAGUACACGGGGAAGUACGUGUGGCACUGUCAUAUGCUGGAGCACGAGGAUCAGGACAUGAUGCGGCCUCUCGUCGUCCUGCCCAAGAAGCCGUGCGCCUGCGCCGCGCCCUCGGCCACGCCCGUGCCGACGCCCGCUCACGAACACCUCUUGAAGAGAGAGCUCUAG